GCCAUGGGAAAAGGAACCACACAAGGGCCCAACAGCUCAGAAGAGGAGCUGGAAGCAGGGGUUGCACCCCAGAUAUGCUAUGAGCAAUAUGGGCAGGGUUUGUGGAUCCCCCAGGGCAGGGAGACAGUCACCUGCCUGGGGGAUGCAGAAGGGACGAAGGUGAGGAAGAGGAGCAGGCCGGUGCGCUCCAAGGCCAGGAGGAUGGCAGCCAACGUCAGAGAGCGCAAGAGGAUCCUGGACUACAACCAAGCCUUCAACGCCCUGCGCCUGGCCCUCAAACAUGACCUCGGUGGCAAACGGCUUUCUAAAAUCGCUACCCUCCGGAGAGCCAUCAACAGGAUCACAGCUUUGUCCCUGUCCCUGCACGGCUGCUGGCCCUGUGCCCACUCCGAGUGCCGCGGCCGGGCUGGGGUCCCUGCGCAGGAGCUGGGGGUGAAGGCGAACAACCCUCAGCUGCCCUGGGAGCCGGGUCCUUCAGGCGCUGCCAGCCUGCAGCGCUGCCCCCCGUCCCCUCUCUACGCCGGCUUUCCUCCGGAGGGGCAGCUCCAUCGCUACGAGAGCCCGGAGGAGGAUGGUUCCGUGCCCAGCCCUGCCUAUUGCUCCAGCGGGACCCAGCACCCCGGGCUCCGAGGCCCCUGCCAGCAGACAUAUACGGGCAGCCUGCAAGACCCCCUGGCUGGGGCAGUCCUCUGGCAGCUGGGCUAUCGCCAGAGCUGGGGCCACCAGCAGUGCCUGCCCAUCCACUGACCUGCAGGGCUGGGAGGGCCGCACAGUGCCGGGAAGGUAACGCGUCCGUGAGACAAACGGUGGGAGCGGGAAGGGACCUCGGUGUGAGAGAGAGGCGCUGCGGGACGCUGAGCUCAGCUGCAGCGCUGGCAGGAGCCAGGAGCCCCCAUCGUGCCAAACAGGACUCCUGUGCUGCCUGGCUGCAGGCUUCCACUCUGCAGGAAAACUGGGGAGGAUGGAAAGUCUCCUGGAAGGGCCAGCUCUGUGUGUCUGGCUGCAAGGUCUCGCCACCGCCGGCUGCCACUGCUAUUUAUUCUCUUGCUUGCGCUGUGAGAAAACACGAGUUAAAAACCCUGCCAGCAGGGCACUGGCUGUUAAUAUGCGCGGGGUGGACAGAUGGGCCUUGGGGAUCACACUAAAGCUCCUGGCUGGCUUGGUCACUCCGGCUCCUGCCGCUGCAGAAGGGGAGCAUAAGCAGGGCAAGGUUGGUGCCCUGGGACUGUGGGUGCUAAGCUCAUUGGUGCGGACGUUUGUGCCCGGCAGAUUUGCCAGGCCAGGCUGGAAGGGCAGGCAGAUGUCAGCUUCUCUAAAACCCACCUGCCCGUUCGUGGGUUCCUCCUGCUGGCAGCAGAGUGCGUCUGGUGGGACAGGCAGACGGUGUGCUCCUGGCUGGUCCCAGCUGUGGGGAGGAAGUGGGGAGAUUUCAUUAAAGGCUCCUUUGGCUCCUGUUCCUGAUGGCUUAAGAGAGCCCAGGCCAGCUGGGAGAGUUCCCUGGGCUCAGCAAACUGGAAUUGUUACAGGAAUUAGGGGUUUACAGCCGCAUGCACCACAGGCAGCAGAUUUGGGGACAGGGUAAAUCACACUUGGUGUGAUUCCCACAGUGCUCAGCUCCAGCAGAGCUCCUCCAGUCCUUCAAUGAGUCAAGCCACCGAGGAAUGCCAAAACAAGCAGCAGGUGGACUGGGCUAAGGCUAAAGUGACUCAAGAAGACCUGGAUUGGUAGCAUAAGGAUGAAUUACUUUGAAUGUGGUGGACUCAUGCUGGAAAAGGGCAUAUUACAACAGGAUAUUAGCAGAAAAUUCCUUACAGUGAGGGUGGGCAGAUGCUGGAACAGGUUGCCCAGGGAAGUUGUGGAUGUCCCCCUCCCUGGAAGUGUUCAAGGCCAGGGUGGACAAGGCCUUGAGCAAUUGAGUCUAGUGAAAGCUGUCCCUGCUCACAGCAGGUUCAAACUAGAUGAUCUUUAAAUCCCUUUCAACCUAAACCAUUCUAAGAUUCUAUGACUCUCAGGCCUGUACUCCCAGCUGUGCCCCAGCACUGGCUGUCAGCACACCACAGGCAGGCUUUUUCCCUGCCGGUAGGGAACAUGCUGGAACAACCAUUAACGCCCUCUGCUCUAGUGUGCCAGCCCCUCCCCAGGCUCUCCUCCUCCCUCAGUCCCCAAGUGGGAAAAGGAAGCUGGGCAAAGAGCAGAGGAAACCUGUCAGCAGCCAGGAGAGAGAGCUCUUGGCUCAGCAAAGGAGCCUCUUUGAAGUGCUGAUGGUGUGAGGCAUCUUGGCUUUCAUCUCCAGCAGAUGUUCCCCCGGCCGGGAGAAGGCCUGCAGCAAUGUCCGUGGAAGGAAUCCUGCUUCUUCCAACAGCAUCCCUGCUCUGAGUGGCUCUCCCUGCUCUGCCUCUCGCUGGAGCAGCGUGUGCCCCUACUCUGUCCCAUCACCACCCAUCCCAAGGGGAAAGCCCAGCAAAACCAGCAUUCAAAGAAGGUUUAAGUGAAAUCCAGCCCUAACCCAGACACAAACCACCCAAAUUUACAUCUCUAGGUUUUACCCUCAGCUUUGAUGGUCAGUCAGAGCAAGACAGAUGGAAGCA